UGGGCUUUUUACCAAAUAUUUUGAACUGAUUAAGUAUGAUAGCGAUUUCUUAUUUUUGAUUUAUUCACCGAAAUAUUUGCAAAUGUGGUGUUAGGAUGACUCUAUUUUUCAUUGAGAUAUUACUAUUGGUGUCUGUUUUUCCGACUGUACAUUCAAGUUAUGUGACACAAACUCCUUGCAUUGAGGAAUUCUUUACACCUGAGGCCAGAUGUCGUUGGAAAUGGUUUAGGCGUGUUUGUACUUAUUAUUUACAAAGACAUGAACAGUGUUGUUAUGGUUAUGCGGGUGUGUCAUGUGACAUACCUAUAUGUAGCGGAGGUGCAGUUGAGAACUCGUGUAAUGUUAAUGAAGGUUGGGUAAAGUUGCAAGAUAACACCAUCAUUACAAACAGUGGAGGAACAUGUUCAGAACGGUUCACUUGCAGCAACUGUAACACAGGGUAUUAUUUCUCAACGGCAAAUAAUGGAACCUGUUCUGCUUGUAAACAAAUAGACAACUGUAACAUACCAUCUUGUACUGACUAUGAUAACACAUAUUGUGAAUGGUGUGCCGGGGAACUUAACCGUGAUGCUCCAGGAUUCAAUGUUUUUACUGGAAAGCCUGACAGCAAGCAGUGUCAGAGGGCAUGUUCAUGGCAAGAUGGAUACCGCUGUUUUCCUGGGACAUGCGGAGGAAACAUGCUGCAUCCGAAUGAUUGUACAUGUGCUCCAGGCUUCACUGGUAAAAACUGUGCAACAGUAAAAGAAGACCACCCACCAGCUAUUCUCACCCAGAUACUUAUCCUUGAAGGAGAUGGAGAUGUGAACAAACUGAUAGCUGAUAUUCCAUUAGCAAACGGUAAAUUCUGGUCAAAUGAAGCGCAGUGGUCAUCAGUGGAGUUAGAUGCGUCAUCUUCUUACAAACCUACUAUAGAUACACAGAACGUCCCUAGCUAUAUUUCUUCUUAUAGUGUUGGUAUUGAGGAAAUUACACUAACUGCCACAUUGACCAGAGGUGGAGACCAAUCAAAGUGGAUACAUAAUGGAGACUGUAGAUAUGAAGAGAGAUGUGAAACAACAAUUAACACAGAUCUGAAACAAACUCCAUGGAAUACCAUCUUACAGGGUGGAUUUCCCUCGCCUUUCAGACAUAUGGAUACAAUUACUUUUACGAUGUCAACAACAAAUGGUGGACUCAUCAAAUACAUUGAUCGUGAAGCUGCGGCAGAGAACCAGUACAACCUCAAUGGAGUUACUGUUACAAAUACCCUUGAAAUAGGAUUUGAUUUCUAUCCCCCUGUCCAUUGUUUUGAGACAAGUCACACCUGCACUCAAGACUCUCUAACUGUGCAAGACUUUAAUGAAUUUUCUGAAGUGGAUGUUACCUGGGAUGGAUGGACAGACAAUGAUGCUGGACUAGACAAGUAUGUGGUUACAUUGAAAUAUCUAGCUGUAAAAGAUCAGAGCAACCCAAUAUUGGAGGAGAUGAACGUGGUUUCAGAAACAGAACUGAACUUUGACCAAGUAUCUACAACUGUAACAUUUGCCGAUCCAGGGCCAUAUUCAGUUGAAAUCACUGCAUUUGACAAGGCUAACAAUCACAAGACAUCAAGACGAAUAGUUUUAUAUGACGAUAUUUCUGUUGUGGAAAAGAUGGAUCCGAUACCAAUAGUUGUUCAAGCUAAUGAGUUCUUCUGGAUUAAUGUAGAUUCUUCAUCAGUUGAGGUUAGCUGGGAAGGGAGGUAUAUAAACGUGCAACAUUAUACACAUGGUUGGUUAAAUGAGGUAAAAGAUAAUCCAGAGGUUAGUCCAGACCUUGAUGAUACCAGUAGCCGAUCGUUACGAGGAGUUGACGUCCUCUACAAUAUUUUAGGCAUUGUGCAUUUUGAAAUUGGAUAUACAAUCAUAUUAGAUGAACAGACAUCAUUUGUCGACUUUGCGCAGGUUCCAAAAGAGUUUUUCGACCUUCAAAAAAUCAUUUACAAUGAUAUAGACCUAACAGAUGGUAAACGUAUAACAUUUACUAUUCGUGGUUAUGAUACUCUAGAUCAUUACGCGGAAGAUAAUGUUACAGUGACUAUCGACCUGUCUCCACCUGUCAUUCAAAACCUUUGGUUAACGAAAGGCGAUUUUGUGAACCUCAGCAUACAUAAUGUACUGGAGUUGAAUGAUAUAACGUUUGAGUGGGAGGUUUAUGAUGAGCAUAGUGGACUGUAUGAGCUAGAGUGGAGAAUCUUUGACAACUUUACAAACACUGAUAUACAACAUGGGCAUUCAUUUGAAAGUUUGCAAGGAGGAGAAUCACAGACGUUACAACAAUGUCAGGAGAAUUAUGUAGAUACACCUCGAGGUCAUAACUGCUACUGUUCCCCAUUUAAUGGCUGUUACCAUGGAAACUUCCAGAUAAAUCCACAGGUUACUGAUACCGGCACCGACGGUAUACAUUCUGGCAAGGACAUCGGUGUACAUGAUUACGACUACUUUAUAGAAGUCACAGCAAUAAAUAAUGCUAGACUGAAAACAGUGACAACACACAAGUUUACUAUUGAUAUUUCGCCGCCACAUGAAGGAACCGUUCAAGAUGGUAUAUUAGGACAACCGGAGGUGGAUUUCCAGCAAUCGUUAGAGUUACACGCACACUGGGAUGAUUUCUUUGAUCGAGAGAGUAGUGUUUGGUUUUAUUUGUAUGGUUUUGAUACAGAAUGCCUACUUGCGGAAGAUUUUGAUGUUCAUGAACAAAAUGAUAAGAUCACAAAAACCUAUGAAAAGUCAGCAUCAUUUACUGCACAUAGUACCGGACAGUACUUUAUCACUGUAGUUGCAGUAAACCACGCCCUCGGUGUAAGUCAACCGGUCUGCACGGAUGGUGUUACUAUAGAUACUACACCUGCUACAGUAUCGGAAGUUGUUGUGAAGGAUGCUGUGACUGUAGAGGGUGUAAUAAAAGAGGAAACAAGUGGUGAGAUAUUUGUAGUCAACAGAAAUAGGGAGCUGAAGCAAGUCAUAGAUCCUUCACAGGACUGCAUAGACAAAGCUUUUUCUGUGUCAACAGAGAAAAUACUUUUGAUGCCACAUAAGAGAAAUAUUAAUGGGAUGGAAAGAACGAUUAGCUUGCAGGACUGUUCUAUGUACCCGGACUUGAACAACAACUUGCUGUCUUUUAUUACAUCAUCAUCACAUAACAUAGGGCCAUUUUUGUUGGAUGGAUCAAAACCAGAGUUUCAAGGCAGAAUAAGUUUAUCUGUUGAAAGUGAGGGAAGUCAGUCCUAUAUAAUAGCAAGUUGGGAGGAAGAUGCUUUUAUAGACCAUGGUGACCCACAUCCUUUGAAAUAUGAAAUUGCAAUAGGUAUAUUUAAACUAUAUGUUAAGAAAAAAGCUUAUUAA